AUGACUGGGAAAAGAAAGAGAGCCACGGCUGUCGUGCCGAGAGCCACCGCGAAAGAGGAUGAAGAGGAAAAAUCUACUACUCCCGAUACCUCUUAUCAGGACGUGUUCCGGAAAUUCUUCGAAUCUCAAUUCGAACCUAUUGAUCUACCAGGCGGCGGAGUUGAACGAGGACGAAGGUCAGAAGAAGAUAGCGAAGAGGAAGGAGAGGAAGACAGCGAGGAAUCAGAGUCUGGAUCAGAUUGGGACGGCAUGUCUGUAGAGGACGAAGACGACCAGGUUGAGGUAGUCGAAUACUGCGACACACGCCAGAAGGAGAAAGAAAUACUGGACAAGAAAGCUCGCAAAGCAUUCAUGACCGCCAAACCACCGUCAUUGUCCAUAAAUUCCGUACCUACCAAGCAAACUUCCAAAAAGCCUAAAAACGAAAAGGCCGAUGCUGAAGAUGAUGAUGCGAUGGAUGCAGAACAUCUGAAGAACGACCUUGCUUUGCAGCGAUUGCUCAAAGAAUCCCACCUUCUGGACUCUGCGUCGGAACUUGCGCCAACGGGCAAAAACCGCCUGAAAGCUUUGGACCUUAGAAUGCAGUCGCUCGGAGCAAAAUCAUCGCUCUAUCACCAGAACAUGCCCUCGUCCCAUCGUAGGGGCAUCAAAGCCAAGGCUUCAAUGAAGGACGAAAAGCGUCGGCGAGAAGCGAAAGAAAAUGGCAUUAUCCUCGAGAAGCCAACACACAAUUCGAAAGUCAGCAAGGGACGGCGGGAGCGUGGUAUCUCAGGACCGUCUAUUGGAAAACUCACCGGCGCAACCAUCAAUCUGAGCAAGCGCGAUAUCUCCGUCAUCGCCAGCAAGCGUCGGGCAAGCAAAGGAAAGUCAAAGUCAAAAAGAGGACGGCGUUGA